CGGCACGCACAAUACAAAACGAUGAUGAACAAUUCAUUUCAUACAACAAUGAAAAGGACAACAGUGCAUUGCACUGGUCACAGGUGAAUCGCGAUGAAGUUUACGAUGUUUAGAUAACACUGUAAUCUGGAGACCAGUAUACGAUCUGACCAUUGCUGUAAAUGUGUACGCGCUGUGACAAAGUCGUUAGAAACCCUGUCAGGCGCUGACCCCGGGGGGCCGCACAUGUCCUAUCGCCUAAUUAAUUCCUGAAGGCAUGUGUUUGUGGUUGUCAGACGCUCACAUGGAGGACACAAGUAUUCUCUUUUAAACAAGGAUAUUAUAAGAACCUUCUGUCAAAAUGGUAAGGUGGUGACCAACACAAUAUCUUGUUCGUGCUUUCAUACUUCAUAAUGUGAGGGUGUAUGACCCCCUAUGGGAGUUUAUUUUAUAUGAAGUACCCCAAUUAGAAUUCGCUGGAAAAAAAGUUUACAUACUGUAUAUUUAAAACCCAUUGUGGCAUUGGAGCUUAUCUUACUUACAAUUAUAGUUUUGGGUCGAGAAGUUUUCUAAAACGUUUUGUUCAUUCACCGGAACUAAAAUCGAUCGAACUACGGCGCAUUGUUAAAGCAUUUGAAGACGACCAAUAUGUUUUCUCAACAAGUUAAGGAGUUACAAAAGGAAUGGAAUUAACAAUUUUUAAGUGGCAAAAACUUCAAAACAGGUUACGGAGUUGUGGGAGACAAGAGUGAAUUAUUGAGGAGGGUAACCUAUGCAUCACAUGCCACAUCGCAGACGCAGCCGAGACUAUGUUAGUGUGUUCGUGUGUUAGAGCUUGGACGUAUUUCCGAAUUUGUGGGAGAUAGAGGGACCUGCAAUUUCACAUUUUGAUCUCACGUUACUUAUCUAUGUGGGUUUGUUCAGGUGCUAAUAAUAUGGCGACCAGGAUGACAUAUUAUGUGAAUAUUCUGUUACUCUUUGUGUUUUCGGAUUCAUAAUCGUGGUUAAAUCAUCUGUUACUCGAAAUGGAAAUUACUCAGUGCAUUAAUGUACUUUACCUGGCAGUCGUGUUGAUUACCUGUGAUGUCAUCGGGAAACAUAGGGGUCAGAGUCCACGCCCUCCAUCCCCUGAUACUCCAACGUUAUUGUCCUUUUCCGUGGAACCCGAAUUCAACCACAGUCACAAGCUUAUCGUUUCUGUGGACACCAAAACAGACCUCAGGAUAGGAUGCAGGGCCAAAAACACACAGGAACCUAUCCAGGUAUUCUGGGAGAAAAGAGGCGCCAAGGGGGUACAACAAAUAACGAGUAUGAUUACACCCUACCCAGAGGACAGCGACAAGUACGAGGUAUCCACGGGCUCCUCGGUCACUGAUGACGUCACCGAUUUAUUCUACCUCACCGUCAAUGACAUUGAUUAUUCGGACAUGGGGGCGUAUGUUUGCCAGACUUACUACCGAUACAGGAGGAUAGGAUCAGAGGUCCUCGUGUACGUCAGAGGUCCACCAAAGGUGGGUCUGUUCGAGACGAUGAUUUCUGGGAUGCUGAACUGGGAAAUACAACUGGUGUGUCCAUUCCACUCUCAGGACGACAUAGAUAGCUCCAGUACUCUGUGGUAUAAAGAAGACCAGCCGCUUGUUAACCAGACGGACGACAGGUAUAAAACAUAUAUGAAGCGAUAUGAUGAGAUUGGCGGCGAGUUUAGUCUCACCAUCUCCAGACUCGAAGACAAUGACGUAGGCAAUUACACCUGUGUCGUCACUAAUGAAUAUGGUUCUGACAAAGGAGUCAUAGAAGUCAAAGUUGGUGGAGAUAAAACGAGUGCAGAUACAACAGACAAGAGGGUGCACUUCAUCUACCCUACCCUCUCUCAAUUCAGCGUAGAGGCCAACCAACCCCUGAAACUAUGCUGCAAAGCGGAGGGAUUCAACAAAGUUCCCACGAUGAUGUGGUUGAUCCGCAGCAUCACCGGAAGUGAAGCACUGCUGAAAGCGCAGGACGAAUACAUGAAUGGAGACGUCCGCCUGAGAACCUACUUUAUUUUCAACGCGACAGGAAUCUACUUCACCCUCAUGGCAGACAGCCUCACAAUCAACUUCACAGGAUCCUACAUGUGUGGCCUUGACCUGAAUGGCAAACUUUACCAUGACCACGUGAACAUCACAGUCCAAGGUCGUCCCUCCGUAAUCGCUGACACGACAAUGAUGAAUGGAACUCUGGGAGAAAAUAAAAACUUGACCUGUAGAGUGUGGAGCAGCCCCGCCCCCACAUUACUCACGUGGUACUUUGAUGACGAAAUACUACCUUCAUCUUCCAGAUUACAUAAAUACAUGAUACAACACAACGAGUUCCAGCUGGACAUGGUGCUAAAUAUAAAAUCUGUGCAAAUGUCCGACUUUGGAGUGUACACGUGUAAAGUGUAUAAUUCUUAUGGUCAAGGAAUCGCCGUACAAAUGAUUCAAGAUAUAGACGAGUGUAGUUAUGACUCCCAGAUCUGCGGGUCAGCAGAGUGCUCCAACACCAUGGGGGGCUACGAGUGUGACUGCAGCUCGGGUUACUCAUUCCAGAACGGCACCUGUCAAGAUAUUGACGAGUGUUCUCUGGAAAACAAGAAGGUGUGCGACCACAUCUGUACAAACACCGAUGGGGGCUUCCAAUGUAGCUGUAGGACCGGCUAUAGCCUGGACAAUACAAACAGCUUUAUGUGUCUGUCUUCGACCGGGAACACCGGGUCUAUGGAGGAGGAUUCAGAAGACUCGGACCUGUACACGAUCAUCGGGGCCGCCUCGGGAGUCCUUUUGAUCCUCAUCCUCUCCAUAUUGGCGCUCGGCUGGUUCCGGAAAAGGAAGUUCGAGUCUUCGGACAAUUCUUCCAUGAAACAGAUAUUUCAGGACAAUGUAGCUUAUCAGUCCAGUGGAGAAAGUACUGUUAAACUGAAAUCCUACCUCGAAGAUCUCCAAAAAUGCGUCCUCCCUAGUGACGAGUUUCCCAGACAACGCCUGCAGCUUGGCAUUGACUUAGGUCAAGGCCGUUUUGGGAAGGUCAUGAUGGCUCGUGCUUUAAAUAUCAAUGGAAAUGCAGAUUGGGAAAUGGUUGCAGUGAAAACUACACGUGAUUGUGCAAUGGAUGUGGAAAAAGAAGAUUUGUAUCAGGAAUUGGAUAUCAUGAGAAAAAUCUCACAUCAUCCCAACAUUGUAGACUAUUUAGGCUGCUGCACUCAGCAAGACCCCAUGUACAUCAUUAUGGAGUAUGUCCCUGGCGGUAACAUGCAGCAAUAUUUAAGGAAGUUCAGACCUUCCCAUCAAACCAUCAACAAUGAAGAAUUGAUACCUCCAACCGCCAAAGAUCUCAACAGCUAUGCUCUACAAAUUUCCAAGGGAAUGGAGCAUUUGUCAUCACUAAAUAUUAUCCAUCGUGAUCUUGCCGCCCGGAACAUUUUGAUAGACCGUAAGGGAGUGUGUAAGAUCUGCGACUUUGGUCUCGCACGGAAUGUGGAGGGGGAUGAGGUGUACGAGAGAUCGUCCAAGGGUCCUCAGCCGAUCCGUUGGAUGGCGCCAGAAUCUCUGUCCGAUCAGUGCUUUACCAGGAAGAGUGACGUCUGGUCUUAUGGAGUUCUCCUGUGGGAAAUUGUCACACUCGGUGCCACUCCAUAUCCGGGUAUGGCUGCCAGAGAGGUCGUUUCCACGGUGAUGAUGGGGAAGUGGUUGUCUCGUCCUCUCCACUGCAAACAAGAGUUAUACGCACUGAUGGUACAAUGCUGGGAUACUGUGCCACAUAAUCGCCCGUCUUUCAAAGAUAUAAGCUAUGAAAUGGAGAAGCUUCUAGAAAAAGAAGCAGACUAUAUUGAAUUCAAGGCCUAUGAAGAAUCCAUUUUCAGUGUUCUUGACCCUGACCUUGUCGAUGAGCGCGUGUAGUUAGUACACAAUAUUACAAAAUGAUAGGAACACAUAAAUAUAGAAAAAAAAAUCCAGUGAUGAAGGACGGACAUAACGAGAAAAUGUGUGAGGAACAAAAUGUGAAUGGAUUAUUUACAGCGGACGUUCGUUUACACAGCGCGGUAAGAGGUGUUCUAUGACGUCACUGUGCACGAAUACAAAGUGUUCGUGUUUGGAUACUCUCCGUGUUGUUCCUUUGAGUUUGAGGAGCGGUAAACAGUGCAUGACUGACGCUGAACAGGAAAUACUCACCGUGUUUACAUGAUGAUAACCUCAAAGGUCAACCGACACAACAACUACAAAACCAUUCUUUACGUAAUACAACGAAUGUGAUGAUUUUAAGUGUUGUGUUGGCGUUACAAAUUUUAAUGUCUUUGAGUCCCAUUUUUAUACACAUCAGUGCAAAGGAUGACGUAUGUUGUGAAAGUGCUUUUUUUUUCAGAGUGUUCAAGAUAGUGUGCGAGUUAUAACUAUCAUUGUGAGUGAUAUAUCCGAUGUUCCACAAACUCAGUACAAACACAUCAACUAGACCUGUGAUACUCUUUAGUCUGUGUCAUUUUUCAUACUUCUUGCAUAUACCAUGUGUUGUACAUUUUUGUUAGUUUUUGUUAGAUGGGAUGCUUUACGAUAUUUUAUAGAAACUAGAGUAUAUACAUUGUAGAUACUUGUGGCAUGUUCAUCUCAGAUGGAAUUCAUCUUUAAAAUAAGUUAGAAAAUA